AUGCUGGGGCAGUACCUCGCAGACGUCGCCCGCAGGCGCGGGGUGCAGAUGCUGGCCGCCCUGCAGUGGAGCGACCCGCGGCUCGGCCGCGACGGGUCUGUUCGGCUGCCGGCGGCGCGGCAGUCGUUCCGCAGGUGGAUGGCGCUGACGCCGCUGCUGACGCGACUGCCGUCUGCGGGGGAACUCGCGGCCGCCCUGGCGCGCGAGCUCGUCGGCCAGGGGCAGUUGGGGGCGGCGGCAGGCGCGGCGCGGUCGAGGGGCUUCUGCAUGCGGCUAGGCAUGUGGCCCCGCGUGCUGGCGAGGCACGCCGUGCCACCGCGGGCGGGCAGGAGCCCGGCGCUUCGCUGCCGGGCGUUGGCGCCGCACCCGCGGGAGGGCCACGCGGCGGGGUUCGACGCGAGGCUCGUGCUCGACCCGUCGCGGUCGCGCGACCAGUGGCUGGCGGGCGUGCCGAGGCGGCUGUCGGCAGAGAAGGGCCCCGACGCGAGCCUGUUCGCCGCCUCGGGCGGAAGGCUGAGCGAGCAGAUCAGCCGGCUGCCGCCCGUCAUGCUGAAGCGCGCGCUCAGGGGCCACAACGCGCUCCCCAAGGUGCUCCUUUGGAGCCGCGGUGCCCCGCCGUUCCAGGCAACGGGAGGCAACGUCGGCCCCUCGCCCCGCCCCCUUCGGCGCGCCGCCGACGUCUGGCGGGCCCUGGCGCGUUACCAGGGCACCGUGUUCGGGGCGUCGGGCGAGGGCGCGGGGUGGCAGCUGGCGUCCCCGACGCUCGCGAUGCGCGGCCUCGAGGACGAGUUCCAGUGCGCACAUGAGUGCUUCGCCUCGCCCUUCAACUGCCACUUCGGGAGCUUUUGCUCCCUCUUCCCCGACACCGACUGGUGGUUCGGCUCCUGCGGCAACUUCUUCUCCCCAGACCUCCGAUGCCUGGUGCGGGCCUCCCGGGUCUUCGCCCCCACGGAGGGGUCCUUCGAGGCCGGCCCGCCUUAUGAGGUGGGCGUGCUGGACGCCAUGGCGGCGAAGGUGCUCGGCGCCCUCGCCGAGGCGGAGGGCGCCGGCAGGCGCCUCAGCUGGGCGUUCGUCCUGCCAGACUGGCAUUCCGGCGGCAUCGACGCGCUGCGGCGGAGCCCGCUGGCGCGCGCCGAGGUGGUGCUGGGCACCGGGGAGCACACCUACAAGGAACGGCCUGCAGCACCAGUGCGAGGACAGGCACGCCCUCGUCGAGUGCGAGACGCCGACCCUGCUGCUCUGGGUGCAGACGGCCGCUGCGUUCGAGGCCUGGCCGCCCACAGCGCCCGCGGUCGCCCGCGUCGGCGACGCUUGGCGCGUGGCGCGGGACCGGCGGAUUUGGACCGUCAGGUGCGACGCCGAGCGCAGGCGCGAAAACAGAUCCGCGCCCUCUCCACGGGUGGGCGUCGCGAAUGA